AUGUCUUCGCAAGGACAUAUCUCUCCCGUGCAGGAAACAGCGACAGUUCCGGAAGCGCGCAAGACAUCCUCCCCAAGCAGUGAUUACCUGCGCAGAUGCCUUGCAUCGUGGGCAGAACCUAUUUACACACCACCUGAAUGCCGAACUAUCAGCCACUGCAGUUGGGCCGGAUUCACGGCAGUGUCUGCGCCAGCCUCAGCGAACGGCAUGCUUAAGGCUUCCGACCUAUGGAAGGAUCGCGGUACAACACAUGGCUACAAUCCCCCGACAAGCGAGCGGUGCUAUCUGGGAGUGAAUCAGCCACCUCACGACUCCAAGUACGAGCACAUGUUGAAAGCCAAGCAGCUACGCUGCCGACAGCGCAGUUCUGCAACGAGCUCGGCGACAGUGAGCUCGCAAGGUGAAGAUGGGGCUAAACCUGAGCCGAAAUCAGCGCCCAUGGAAUUCUACAAGCAAGCACCGAAGCGUGUAUCAACCGCAUCACGGCUCACGGCAGGCUUGGAGAUGAGGACAGUGAAGCAUGACAAGAAGACAUAUGCGGCGGUGAUGGGCAUGGAUGCCAUGGCAUGCGACAACCUUCCCUCUGCUUUCGAGUCAGAUGAUGAGGAAGACUGA